CGAUGACGUGGCGGUGGAAGUAAACAGAGGAAGCUGCUGCAGGCAGCUGUGUGGAGAUGGAGACGGAAGGCGCUGAAGGGCUGAUUGCAACAGAGAAGUUUGGCUCUCAGGAGACAUGGAGGUACCGGAUGAAGAGCGGAGGGAUGAAGAGAGAGAGAGUGGGAGAGGACGGAGAGAAGCCAAGCAGUUCCAUCACCGCAGCUUUCAAAAGCGUCUUCCUGCCCCAGGGUUAUCCUGAGAGUGUCAGUGAGGACUACCUGCAGUAUCAGCUGUGGGACACACUACAGGCGUUCUCCAGCUCCCUCUCCGGCACUCUGGCUACUCAGGCCUCACUGAGGGGCGUCGGAGUCGGAAAUCAAGAAGCAACGGUUGCUGCAGCUACAGUUACCUGGUUACUCAGAGAUGGGACGGGGAUGUUGGGUAGAAUUAUUUUUGCCUGGCUUAAAGGGAGUAAGUUGGAUUCUGAGGCCAAAAAGUGGAGGCUUUUCGCUGACAUUCUGAAUGACAUUGCGAUGUUUAUGGAGAUUGCAGCUCCACAUUUUCCUCCCUUUUUUACUCUCAUUGUGUGCAUCGCUGGAAUAUUUAAGUCUAUUGUAGGCGUGGCCGGAGGCGCCACUAGAGCUGCCUUAACUGUUCACCAGGCUCGCAGGAACAAUAUGGCUGACAUUUCUGCCAAAGACGGCAGUCAGGAGACUCUGGUGAACCUGGCUGGACUGCUGGUCAGCCUGGUGCUCAUCCCUCUCGUCACUAAUAACCCAGUGUUGACCUUCAUCCUCUUCUUCUUCUUCACCGUUCUCCACCUGUUUGCCAACUACAAAGCAGUUAGGUCUGUUGUCAUGGAGACGCUGAAUGAAGCUCGCCUGUCAAUCAUCCUUCAACAGUAUCUGCUUGACGGACGGAUUCUGAGUCCUGCAGAGGCCAAUCAGAGAGAGCCUGUGGUUCUGGAGUUUAAGAGGAAAGUGCCCGUCAGACUAGGAGUGCGGCUGGGAGACACUGUUAAAGACCCUCAGGAGCUGCAGCUGGCUUUGAAGAACAACAACAAAUCCUACAUCAUCGGAGUACAAAACGGGAGUGUGUGUGUUUGUCUGGCGGCGGAUGCUUCAGUUGGUGAUGAGAUCAUGGCAGCCUGUCAGGCUGUGUGUAUCAGCGCCAUGUUACACAAACCACAGCACGACGGCGCACUGAGACAGCUGUGUAACACCAGAGACUCUUGGGAGUUGGUUUCAGAAAGCCAUAAGCUGAUUGACCGAAUUUUCCAGCCAUUCCUUACAGGCCUAGAACGAGCAAAAUGGCAAACUGACCAGACGCUGCUGGACUGGGACGAAUGGAGGGUGGAGUGGAGGAAGAAGAGCCACUAGAGGAGCAGUGGAAAUGAAGCGGAGGACAAAAACAAACAAGGAGAAUAAAAGAGCUUUUUUUUUUAAUCUGAAAUUCGUGUUUCAUUGGACAUUAUUAUCAUUUUUAUCAGUUCAUGUAUUCCAGCUGUGUGAAAGAUGUUCUGAUUUGUUUUUAUUAAACAUAAGAAAACGUCUUA